AUCGCGCGCUCGCCUCCCUCCCCGCGCCCGCAGUCCCCGCCGCAAUCCCCGCGUCCGCGCCCGCAGUCCCCGCCGCCGAGCAGUCCCGCCGCGCCCCCUCUCCCUGCAAACCCCGCCACGACGCAGCAACUGAUCCACCAUCGACGCGCGCGCCGCGCGCCCCGACGCGGAACGCUGGAUCCCGCGCAGCAGAAGGCGGCCAACCAGUCGCCGUCGCCCCCGGCCCCCACCCCGCCUGCUGCAGCAAGCGGCGUCCGCUACCGCAUGCCCUCGUCCCCGGACCUCCUCCUCCCCGCCGACGCUACCAAGAUGCGCCGCUACUCCGCGCUGCCCAACGGCGGCCGCCAGGAGACGUUGGCCGACCGCGUGCACCGCUACCAGGGCGUCAUGCUCGUCAUCCUCGCCUCGCUCGCGCUCGUCUCUCUCGUCCUCCUCCUCAUGCCACGCUCACCCGCUGGCACCAUGGGCGGCGCCCGGGGCAGACAGGUACGCACUCCCCCGCCCGGUGACCCGUUGCCGGACUUGGAGUCACGCUGCCUAGACUCGCCGCUGGGUGGAUUCGUCGCGUUGGAGGUCGGAUUGUGACCACGCCGUCCAGUUAGGAUGUCGUCGUCUCCAGAUCCAGGGGAUGGGGUUGCUCGGCAUGGCGGCCAAGGGCCCCUCGCCCACGCGUCGCCUCCUAUCGCAGCCGCACUUGGCCAUCUCCUCGCUGGUGGCCUCCGUGGCUCUGAUCCACUGCUUCCUCAACACCCGGAGAUGGUUGACGUCGCCUUCGCCGUCUCCUCGCCAGUGGCCUCCACCAGCCCCGCAGUCCAAGACAAAGCCGCGACAUGAGUCAACCCAAGUCCGGUCGCACCUACACCGAUGACCGUACCCAACGUGAGUCAAGCCAAGUCCAUUCCCCUCCCUUGCUUCCUCAACUUGUUGUCUUGUGGUCUGAAGUUUGUCUCGGAGAAGGUGAUGCCAUCAUCAUCAGUUGUGAUUAUGAAUUAUAUUCUACUGAUAGGUAUUCAAUCUCUCUAUUCGGCAACACCUUAAAAAGUGGAUUGCAGGCUUAGAUAAUUUUUGGAACACAACAUUGCUCCAAAAAAGUUUUUCUGAAGAAAAGGUAUCAAUCUGCAGUUUGGUAAGUGAGUCUGAAUCUGCAGCACCAAGGACUUCAAUAAUUAGUUUGAACCUGCACUUACAGUUCUAUGGGUCUUCUCAAUUCUUAAUAAUAUUAUAUUUUUAAUGAAUAAUUGAAUAUAUAUUGAGUCUGUGUCAUAGAUUCAGUCGCCUUAACACCCUUUGUUGUUUUCCCACUUAAGUUAGUUAAUGAGAUGAAUGGAUGGAAAUUACGUAGUGAAUGUAUGAUAAGUCCAGGCUACAUGUUAAAAGACACACUUGGCUACUUGAGCUCUGUAUUUCCAUGAAGAAAUCUUAUUGACGGGUGCUUUCAUCUGCUAUUUGGAUCCGUUGCUGAUGGAUCUUACAAAGAAGAAGUUGAGCUUUAAGAGGAACGUGGUGUCAUUGUCAUCUGAGCUCAAGGGUGUGAGGAGCAAGCUUGCUUCCUAGGAGCAGUUGUUUGUAAGGGAAUCUCAAACUAGAAAGCUUGCGGAGACAAAAACAAGGAGCAUGGAAGAGGAAGUAAUCAAGCUGCAGAAAUGCUUAUAGGACAAGGAUGAACAACUGCAUUCAUUCACAAGUAGCACAGAACAGUACCAUCAUGAGUUGGAUGAUCUUAGAACACAUCUGUCAUUUACUCAAGCUACAGGAGAAGCAGGAACCCAACUGAACCUUCAACUUGCUUGUUCUGGGAGAUCUGUGAGCAAGCGAGUUGUCCUAUAACAGUUGGCUCCUCACAAUGGGUAUUCGACAUGAGCCCCAUCCCUGCCACAGACUUGGGAAAGGCACAGUGAUUUUUAUGGUGACAUGAAGACAUUCCUCUUCAAAUUAUAUCUUUAAGCAACCAAUUUUCGCCCUACUGGUGCAAACAAGAAUUUGCAAUGGGUAUGUUUUGCCCUGUAUGACAUAUCUCCUUAUUUUAUUUUCUUCCUUGUUUGUGUUACUACUAAUCAUCUCUAGAAUAUAAAGGGUAGUUUACAUCAUUAGAUUGCUUAUGUUUAUCGAUGACUGGAUAUUAAAUGUAUUACCCAUCCAACAUACAUCCAGUUUCCUUAAAUGUAUAUCGCCAACACUCUUAAUUCAUGUAAGCAUAGAUUCUAGAGAAUAUAGAUAGGAAAGACGUAUGCAAAAAAUAUUCCAGUUGCUACAUGCUUUACUUUUUGUGGACCUGGAAGGCAUGUCUUUGUAUAAAGUUGAAGUACCUUGAAGUGCUGCUAACUGGAAAGCUUCAGAGACCUUAUUUUCUUCACAGCAUCCAAGACAGGGUCAGUACACUCUUAAGUCUUAGAAUAACUGCAGUUGGUGAAGGAAUCAAACCAAGACCAACAUGGCCAUAGAAAGAGACCUCCCAACCAAAGUGAGGUUUGGUCUUGUACAUUCCAACGCUAAUGACAAGUAUGAAUACGGGAUUUCCAUACUGAGCUAGACAAAAUGGUCACUUGUUCUUUAUUGUGUUCUUGGAGAAUGGCAGCAGUAGUGGUGGAACGCCUGACAAUCAUGGUCAACAAUAUUGGUCGAUUCUCUUUUGGCAUAUUGUUCUGGUGGAUCAUACAGUAUGUUCAAGGAAGAAACAGGCAUGCUGAUUUCAUUGACUGAUGGGUGGUGCUAGCUGGUGACCAUUUAUGAUCAGUGCCAAGCGUGCCUUGCUGGACUUGACUAUUAUUUUAUGUCUGCUUAUUGGGUUUUUUUGGGAGGGGGGUUGGGGGGGUCUUUCAUGCUUGUUAUUAUUUACUUGUGCUUCAGUCAUAAGAUUUGGAUUUGUAGUCAUUCCUUCUACCUGUAAAGAUGCCAGUAUUUUUGUUUAGCCAUGUGUUUUGCAAGCUGCUCAUAACAUGGAAUGGUUUUACAUUCUAGGAUUUCUAUUGCUUGCAGAUAGGUUACUGGCUGCACUUGUUUGUGAAUACUUGGAGUGACCACAACUAAGUCACACAAUGAAACUUUACUUUCCAGAGUGUAACCUGGUAACUGGUGACCAUUCAUAAUAUUUCAUUUUUACAUUUUGGAUAUCUAUAUCCAUUCAUAUGUUUCCCUAUUUUAUUUGUAAAUCAGCCGGACUUCUAAUAGAAUGAACUGAAAGACUUCUCUAACAAAAGUGGAGCUGAGGGGAGCAAGAGUGCUAAAAGUGGUCCAAUGUUUUUAGAUGUUCUCGAAUGUUAUCUGAAAUAUGAGGUUUAUCUCUUGCUUGAUCAACAAUAGAAGCAAAAAAUCAUCCUUUUGUUUAUUUAUGUUUCCCAAUAUAAAGGAAAAAGGGGAAAUAUUUUGGUGCAGUGUGCCCAAUUCUUUUGUCCCUAGAAAACUGUGUAGCCGCCUAUAACAGGCGCUAUAGUCAGUUUUAGCUAUUUUAGACACCACUACUAUUUGUACACACAUUUCUAUUAUCCUAUUUUAGCCUGCUAUAUCCAUGUAUGAGCCUUAUGGGAACUCUGCAACUACUAUGGAUCCUCUUAUACAUUAUGUUCGACAUGCAGACAAGGUAUUAUAUUGAGUUGGACCAAUAAUCCUUCAUAUUUAUUGAUGUGAAUUAUGUUGUACUGGUGUCCUGUCCUUUUGUUUGUGCUUUAUAAUUUGUAAUUCCUAGCUGCUGAUAUGGUAUGAUGGAUGGGAGGUGGCUGAAAUCGUUCGGAUAAGUGUCAAUUUGUUGUUUUCUAUUUUUAUGAAUGGUUUUCUAUUUCAGCUGAUGAACCUUUUAUAGUUCUUUUAUUAUAUACUGCCACUGAUUGCUAAUAGGGUGCAUGUCUCCUAUUUCUAGGUAUGGUGCAUAAAAAAGUAGGAACCACAAUGAGAUUGUGAUGCUGCACAUGGCACAUCAAGGUGCGCAAGAUAUGUACCAUAGAAAUUAUCGUAAAGUGCACACAGCUGUAUGUAUAGAUGUUUAGAAGUGACCGAAGUUAGGCUUGCUCAACCGGGGCAAUGAUUUACUUAGCCUGCUGAAAUGUACUAUAGGUAGCAUUCAAGUUUGUGACCAUCAUGCAAGUACAUGUGGGUUUGUUGAAAUUGUGUGGUCAUCGGAGAUGUAGCAAAAUGUUCCCUAUCGAGAGCUCGUGUACUAUAUUUGUUUUAUGAACUUAAUUUUGUUGAUGUAGGACUAUUACAAAGUUCUAGAGACAACUUAAUUUUUAUUACAACAUAAUAUGUGGUCAUACAUAUGUUAAUGUUGCAAUAUUUUUUCCGUUGCAACGCACGGGUAUUUACCUAGUACUUGUCAUAUGUAUUUAUUUUUGACAGAGAUGAUGUCAUGUUCAUCCAUCCAAUGCAGUCACCCGUGAAAUCUGCUAAUGCCGCUAGCUGCAUCCUUCACAUGUGUUUGUCCCAACUCAGGUUCCCUGCCCCCUGACAAAUUGUUCUGCUGUCUCCAAAGAUUCAGUCUUGGUCCCCAUGCCGUGCAGAAGGCUGCCCAAAAAUGUUUCCUGUUUCCUAGUUCAAAGCUUGUCCAGAUUGACUACAAAAUACUAGUUAGGUUUCGAGUGUUUAAACAGCACAGCUGCAGUACUGCCAGCCAGCCGAACAGGAAAGCGGUGCACACUGACUCCGAAUCAUAAUAGCACGGCUCCAAAUGUUGGUAGCAGUUCAGCCUGCCUGCCCAACAGUGUAUACGGCUGCUCCUCGUAGAUACUAGUACUUGGUGAUCCGUUUCACAUCGCCAUGGUCUGCUCUUAGCUGAGCUGUCCAUCCAUGACUUGCUCUUGCUCUCAACCAUUUGCGCAGUGUAGCUUUCCCCCCCCCUGUUUCCGCCGGUGCGAGAUUUCAGAUGACGAAGAAGAGUUGCUGUGGGACACGGACAACUGCUUGCGCUGCCCACCAGGACCAACCCAAGAUCAGGGGAGGGGAGUAUCUGGCCACGCAACGAAACGUAGACAGAGCAGCAGUCCAGGCCCAAACGCUCCUCCGAAGAAGCCGACAUGGAAGAGGUUUCUGUCCAUGUUUCAGAACAAGGUGAAGCACAAACCCAGCAGCCUGAAGCAGAAGCGGCCCAGCAGCGCAAUGCUGCAAGAGUGCGCCAGUCUGGUCCGCGUGGUCCGGCGCACGGCGGCAGAGUGCUUUGCGCCUGCGGUUGCUGGCGGGGACGAAGUCGACGAACUGCCCUGUUAUUACAUGCAGCUUGACCAGGUGAGCUACGGGGUCAGACGGGAGGCCUACGGUCCCAUCUACCUGGUCACGUAGACGACUGGGACUGAAGUAUCUGUUCCAUUUCAUGUGCUGUUGUCUUGUCUCGGUUGCCUGUCCGUGUUCGUCAUGGCAAUCUUCUUGGUUGCCGGACAAUAUCAUAUAUCUUCAGAAAUGCUGCUACCAUGCGUGUGCAAUAAAGUGAUCUUCUGACUGAACUGAAA